UCCACUCUGACCUGGAGGCUGAGUGCCACCCAGGCUCUGUUCGUGGGGCUUCGGAGGGACAAGUCGGGGUUAUCUCAGGGCUUAGAAGUUCCAGCUGAAGUCAAGAGGGGUGAAGUGAGUUCCCCACGGUCACACAGUGAGGGGGAGCUGCUGGAGCAGGAGCCAUGUUGCUGUGCUCAUUGACCCUCACCCUCAUCUUGCUGGCGGUUUCUGGCACCAAGUGUGAUGUGAAGGAAUUUUGUGCUGCAUGCUCUGGCGUCCCUGGCAUUCCGGGGUCCCCUGGCCUGCCUGGCAGAGAUGGGAGAGAUGGUGUCAAAGGAGACCCUGGACCUCCAGGCCCCAUUGGCCCCCCUGGAGGAAUGCCAGGUUCCCCUGGCCAUGAUGGGCUGAUUGGACCCCCUGGUCCCCCUGGAGAGCGUGGAGACAAGGGAGAGCCUGGCGAGAGGGGCCCUCCAGGGCCUCCAGCUUAUCCAGAUGAGGAGCUCCAAACUACACUCCAUGACAUCAGACAUCAAAUCCUGCAGUUAAUGGGUGCCCUCAGUUUGCAGGGGUCCGUGCUGGCAGUUGGAGAGAAGGUCUUCUCCACCAAUGGGCAGGUGGUCGAUUUUGAUGCCAUUAGAGAGUCAUGUGCCAGAGCUGGUGGCCGCAUUGCCGUCCCGAAGAGUCUGGAGGAGAAUGCGGCCAUCGCAAGCUUCGUGACGAAGCACAACACUUACGCCUACCUGGGCCUGGAAGAGGGCCCCACCGCCGGAGACUUCUACUACCUGGAUGGGGCCCCUGUGAAUUACACCAACUGGUACCCAGGGGAGCCCAGGGGUCGUGGCAAAGAGAAGUGUGUGGAGAUGUACACAGAUGGGCAGUGGAAUGACAGGAGCUGCCUGCAGUACAGACUGGCCAUCUGUGAGUUUUGAGUAGAUGCAGAGGCCACGGGAUAGACAGGGCCCUGCCUUGCCUUUCAGCCUCCCUCCUGAGGAUCCACCUGCUCUGUGAGAUGCUGUAACUCCUUUACAACAAAAUGUAUUUGUGUCUCUUAGAGUUGGAGGUAUUCUUAGCCGUUCCACACCCUGAUGGGCCCUGACUCCUCCCCCAUGAUCACUAAUCAGCCUGCCAUUCCCCCUGGAGCCCCUUCUCGCACUGCAUGCUAGGCAGCCACUCUAGCUUUGCCCUUUGGUGAGAGAUGGAGACUUCCUUCUUACUCUGCUUGUCCAGUUCCUUCAUUUAUAGACAACGACAGUGAGGUCCUGGGAUGGAAGGACCCUCCAAAAUCACAGAGAAGGUGUCUGCUUCCGGGCCCCCUCUACUCUUUCUCUGCAGCCCACCACAUGCUCAGCCUCGUCAAGAUGUAGCAAUUCUGGUCAAGCAUAAUAAUAGAGACAGGCGGACUUCUAGGAAAUUCCAAAUGUGUGGACCUAAGGACACAUUUGGGAUUCUCUGGCAGUCUGGGGCCUCUGGGAGCACAGCUGGUCAGUCUCUCCAUGAGGUCAGAGUGCCAGGUGGUGUCCCAGCACCGGGGAGGCCAACCCCGCCAUAGUGGUUGUCAUGUAUUAUCCAAUUCCUUGAGUCUUGGGGUGCCAACUCAAUGCCCUGGGCUAAAAGCAGCCAGCCUACGUCUCUAGGGAAGACCUCACCCCCACCCCAGACAUAACACAAGAAACCUCCUGCUGUUGGGCAUAUCCCCACACCACGUCAGAGCUCAGUGAGGUGUCCACACCACUUACCAUACCACUGACUAUUUACUGAGCACAAACUAUGUGCCAAGCACCUUGACAAGCACUUCCAAUAUAUCUUACAAAAUGUUAUUUAAUCUUUACACAAUGUCGUGGGACCAACAUUAUUUCCCCAUUUUUUAUAUCAGAUGACUGAAACUUAGAGAUGUUAAGUGUUUUGUUUUAUUACAUGGAGCACGUGGCAGAGGCUGGAUUCAAAUCCAUCUACCUGGACCUGAAGCUCAUGCUCGUAACUGCCCCACCCUCUCGCUGAACAGAGAUGAUUUAAGCAUAAUAAAUCAUGAAUAUGUUAACAUAAA